UCUUCAGCGUUGCUCAAGUGCGGGCACUAGAGGGUGAAUUCUGCUCAGUACACUGCGGGAUUUUUUAUUAUUUUUUUCGUCCCCUCCUUCGUUUUUCUUUUUCGCUUCAGAGUCUUCGUCAGAGUCCCGUGUGGAUUGUAUUACACGCUUUCGCUGCUCCCGCUUCUGUCGCUCUUCACUUAUACCGUGUCGCCUCUGGGGCUGUUUGCGGCUUUUCCUUCCAGUUAGCCCGCUCUCCAAGCACGCCAGCUCGCCUUCGGUCCCGGUCGGGGCGUCUGCAAGACAUUGAACCUGGAUUUGGAGUCUGCAAGAGGAACGGCUCUCCCUCAGCGGAGCUUGAUGAGCGGCGUUACAAGCGAGCACUGCAGAUUUGCACCCGGACGUCUCUGCCGAACUCUCAGCGAUGUUGAAUCGAAGCACAAGCAGCAAAACGUUCCAGGCUCCCGGUUAACUACCCUGCCCUGAACUUGACACUUCUUCUUCAUGUUUUAAAAAAUUCUUUUUUUAUUUAGUUUUUUUUUUUUUUAAUUUUUGGUUUUGUUAUUUGAGUUGUAUCUUUUUUUGUUUUUUCUUUUCUUUCAACCUUCAAUUCGACCAGCACCCUUUGCGCAAAUCGUUGCUUUUAAUCCCAAGGGACUGCUUGGUCAAUGGCGUUUUUAUCCAAGAAAAAGAAGUUCAAGUUUCAGAUCAGCUUCACUCUGGAGGAGUUAACGGCUGUCCCCUUCGUCAAUGGAGUCCUCUUCUGUAAAAUGCGACUGCUGGACGGUGGCGAUUUUACAAUUUUAUCUUCAAGGGAGGAGGUUCAGAAUAACUGCGUUCGAUGGCAGAAGAACUACUCCUUUGUGUGCAAGAUGAGCGCCAACCCCAGCACUGGGGUGCUGGACCCCUGCACGUGUCGUGUCUCUGUGCGGAAGGAACUGAAAGGUGGAAAAGCUUAUUCCAAGCUUGGAUUUGCUGACCUCAACCUGGCGGAGUUUGCAGGCUCAGGCUCCACAGCUCGCUGCUGUUUACUAGAAGGGUAUGACACCAAGAACACGAGGCAGGACAACUCCAUUCUAAAGGUGACAAUAGGAAUGACGCUGCUGUCAGGGGAUCCUUGCUUUAAAACGCCUCCUAACAUCACCAAGUCCAUCUCGGUGCCUGGGCACGAUCACUCCUUGCAGCUGGAAUGCAAGGGAGAAGGUACUGGGGCAAACAGCAUCGCCACGACUGGCAUCAGCACCGUACGGCAGCUUAAGUCGCGCACCUCUGUUCUCAGCUCAGGUUUGCCAGAAGAGCCAGACCAGAGCCUGUCGAGUCCAGAUGAAGUAUUUCACACGGGACACUCCAGGAAUUCCAGUUAUGCCAGCCAGCACUCCAAGAUAUCAGGCUACAGCACUGAGCAUUCACGUUCAUCCAGUAUGUCAGACCUGACCCACCGCCGCAACACCUCAACAAGCAGCAGUGCGUCUGGAGGACUCAGCAUGACGGUGGAGACGACGGAGAGCGAACGUGAGCCCAUCCGGCCCGAGAGGCCUCCCCGACCACCACGGCCUGCACUUCCGCUAGAUCGGCCUUCCAGGAGAAAGAAAGACUCCGUAGAGAACCACCCGACCUGGCUAGACGACACCAGAAUAGACGCUGAUGAUAUAGUGGAGAAGAUCGUCCAGAGCCAGGACUUCACGAAUGCCAGCAACAAUGAAGACAGUAAUUUGCGACUGUUUGUCAGCAGAGAUGGCACGACUGCCCUCGGUGGGAUCCAGCUGGGAAACAGGGUGUCGGCUGGCGUUUUUGAACCCGUGGUUAUCGAAAGCCAUUGAAGCCCAUUUGACAUUCCAGUGGGUGUUUGUUUGUUUUUCUCCCCACCAACCCCUCCUUCCUGCUGUUUUGAACGGACCACCUUGAGACAUCGUGCUGUGCCGCAGCUUCAUGGCUUCCUAUGCUUUGUGUCUCCGUGUGCUUUAAAGCUCAAACGUGCAACAUACCUGAAGAGGGUGGCACUGCCAGAAAUGAAAUGGCCACUGCUGGAUCAGUCGCUUUUCUGGGGGGC